AUAUGCAGCCAUAGGGGGGCACAUGUCAGUGUCUCCUCUGUGCCGGUCCCAAGCCCGAGUAAAAUGCAGAGGGUUACGUCAGAAAAGGCAUCCGGCGUAAAAACUGUGCCAAAUACUACUCAUGCGGAUCAUCUGGACAAAACAAGUGGGUGUUUUGCUGUGCUCGGGGAAAAGCCGAAAGGAGCCACAGCUUAUUCCUGGAGUCAUGAGUCUGUUGGAGGUGAAGUUCAUCGGGGAUAGGGAUGUUCUGGAGCACAUCGUUGACAAGCAAGAGGUGGUGCCAAGCAGUUCUGGCAAAAUUCACAAGAUGGUCACGUUCAAGAGCCCGAAGGGACGACGAGCCAGAGACGAAGAAGUCAAAGAAAGGGAUGAAAAUGCCCUCCUUGAUGAGCAGAACUAUGUUCAAGCUCUUUGCGCAGAAAGUACACAAGAUGAUGAGGGUAUGUCCGGAGUUGCAGGAUCGUCCAUUUUCACUUUUCAGAGAAACAAACGGGGCCACAGCAUGGCCCAGACUGCAAAUGAACUGGCACGAACUCCAGGGAAAAGUGUGAGCUUCAGCACAACUCCCAGCAUUGAGCCCUCUACUCCCACUCGGGCAGGCCACAACCUCAGAAGUAAAAACCAAACGCCGCAACGGCGCAAAAAAAUACAGUUUGUCUCCACAACACCCCACAGGCUGAGGAAGAGAAUGUCAACUCCCAGCCUUCGAUCAGACAGCGACAGUGAGUUUUCACCCUCCGACUCUGAGGAAGAGGAGGAUGACGUCAUGGUAGAUGAAGCGCAGAAAGUAAAGAAAGAUGUUGGGGAGAACCAGACUCCAAGGACACCAAGUAAAGGCUUAUCAGCAGCACUCUACAGGACCCCUGGCAAAAAGAGCAAGAGCACUCCUGAACCUGUCAACCAGCCCACCAUGGUUGAGGACUAUUUUGAGGCCCACGGCACCUCCAAAGUUUUAACGUCGGACCGCACACUCGAUCGUUUACACACACCUAAAUUAGACAGGGAGACACUCAUGCAGCUCUUAGAAUUAAACCCCUCCAGUUACCUUCAAGAGAUCAAGUACCUCCACAACAAACAUACAAAGCACUUUGGGAAAUGGAUGCUGCAAUUACAAUUGGGAUUCAGCGUGCUGCUCUACGGAUUGGGCAGCAAGAAAGAGCUCCUGGAGGAAUUUCGGUCUUUUUACUUGUCUCAAGAAAUGCACCUGGUGAUUAAUGGCUUCUUCCCUUCCAUCACUCUGAAAUCGAUUUUGAACACUUUGACAUGUGAGGUUCUUGAGCACCAGGGUAGUUUUCGAACACCAUCCGAUCAGAUCCAGUACAUCUCCCAAAAACUUCAAGAUAGCCCAGAUCUUCAUAUCUACGUGUUGAUCAAUAAUAUCGAUGGACCAAUGUUGCGAGGAGAAAAGACCCAGAGCGCCUUGGGGCAGCUGGCAUCCCUACCCAACAUUCACUUUGUGGCUACGAUUGACCACAUCAAUGCGCCUCUUGUUUGGGACCAGUUUAAACAGAGUCAGUUUAACUGGCUGUGGUGGGAGUGUGUGACAUUCAAGCACUACACUGAAGAGACGUCAUACGAGAACUCUCUGCUGGUGCAGCAAACGGGGGCUCUGGCUCUGUCUUCCCUUACACAUGUUCUCCGCAGUUUGCCUCCAAACGCACGAGGAAUUUUCAAGGUCCUGGUGAAAUUUCAGCUGGAAAACAAAGAUAAUCCUUCAUACACAGGAUUGUCAUUCCAAGAUUUUUACCAACGUUGUCGUGAGGCAUUUUUGGUGAACUCUGACCUCACUCUGAGGACUCAGCUGACCGAGUUCAGAGACCACAAACUGAUACGGACGCGCAAGGGUGCAGAUGGUGUGGAGUACCUGAUGGUUGCUGUGAAUGCAAACACACUGUUGGACUUCUUGGAGAAUGAGGAGGAUGAGCUGGUCGAUUGAGAAUGAAGAGAGGGGAACCUGUCUUUGGACAAAGGCUUCAUCUUCAACUCUUCGACAUUACUGUAUGCAAGAAAUCAAGAGGGGAUUGUUUUCUGGUUUCAUUUUGUGGAAGACCAUUGGUAGAAAGCUGCUGGUGAACUGCGUUUGGUGGUGCACUGAUCUUCUCACCCUCCAAGUGUGCUAAUGCAAUCUCAUUCUCUGUCACUACUGUACACACAUGUGAAAUUACAUAUGAGAAAACA